GUUGGAAGUUGUGCGCUGGGGCAGAGAAACAAGUUCUCGCUUCGAAACAGUGCUCUUCCCUGUUUCCACUCGAAAUGUUGCGACGACAUCGCACCUGUUAAGACGCAUCUCGCAAACCAGACGAACAACACUAACGGAGCAGUAGCUCCUUGCGGUCUAGUGAAGUGAAGUGAAGUCUAUUGUUCCUUCCCGAUUUAGUGUGGGUUCGCGUUUGUGUGUCGUCCUGAAGGUGUGCAGUGUCCUGUGUAGAACCGAAUUCCGUCCAUAAAUUUAGCAGCCUAUCAUUAAUCGGGUGCUUACACAACAUCGUGCGUGUAGAAGGGUGGAAAAAUUCAAUCGGAAACGGCCUAAGUACACGUGCGAUAUUUUGUUGAGUGUGUGUAUUGUUCUUUGUGUGUGUGUGCGCACCACCCCCUUCGCAGUAGUGUGAUUCCAUCUCAGGUGAAUGUGUGUACCGUGUUCUGAUGACGUUGUUGAUCUUACGGAAAUACCACCAACGAUGUUCAAAGUGCUCGGUGUGACCGUGAACCGUGCGAUUGAAAAGAUUGUUGCACGGGGUGGCCUCCCUCUUUGAAGACGUACGCAGAACAAGCAUCGCAGCAGGCCGUAGCAUUUUACCGUUAGAAAUUGUCUCGUCGACAGCUCGGGCCCCCGUGGCAACGUUUCCCGUUUCAAUCAACAGCAGGGACAGGAAGAAAACAGCAACAACCGGCCAAGGGUGAAAGGAACCCUCCAACCCCACCCCUAACGAAUGAAGAUUAUGAAGCUAGAGGGAGGCAUGCAUCUGCAGCAGCAGCUUAGCAGUGGCAGUGGCUCAUCGGCCCACGGUGGCAAUCUUCUCGAGGACAAAUCCUACCAAUCGUCCCAUCAUCAGCAGCUGCAGCAAAACAGUGUCAGCAUCGAGCUGUGUCUGGUGUGUGGUGAUCGGGCCUCCGGUCGGCACUAUGGUGCGAUCAGCUGUGAAGGCUGCAAAGGCUUCUUCAAGCGCUCGAUCCGGAAGCAGCUCGGCUACCAGUGCCGCGGGUCAAUGAACUGCGAGGUUACGAAGCACCACCGGAACCGAUGCCAGUAUUGUCGGCUGCAAAAGUGUCUCGCCUGCGGUAUGCGCAGCGAUUCCGUCCAGCACGAGCGUAAACCGAUCAUCGACAAGAAGGACGGCCAGAUGGGACCGAACCCGAACAGCAAGUACAAUCCACACCGGAAUAAAGAGUACCAUCACAGUGGAAGCGCCAAGAGUGAUUCGAAAAGUGCGGUUGCAUCGUCCUCUUCCGUAUCGUCGGCAGCAGCUGCUGCCUCGUUUCUGAAUUACCUGCCCGGGUUUAGUUUGGCAGAUUUUACCGCAAACCUUAGCAAGCGUACGUUCGGUGACAAAUCGAUCGGUCGCGAUGGGGUGUCGUCGGAACGACCGGCUGCAUCCAGCUCGGUUGGACAUCAAUUUGCUUCUGCCGGUGCUGCUGGUGUUGGAACUGGUGCGGGUGGUAGUGGAAUGUCCGGUAGUCCGUACGGAAGUUUACAAUCACUUAAGAUGGAAGUGCCGGACGGUCGGCAAACGGGGCAGGAGCUGGGGAAUGUGUCCACCAGUGCGGCCGAUUCAAUUGCAGCAUUGAUCGGAUUGAACACGACGGCAGCCGUAGCAGCGGUAGCAAUGUCGAGUGCUACGCUGGGUGCUACGACGCCCAGUGCGGCAGCAGCAGCAGCCGCAGCUGCUUCUCUGCUUGGCGCCGAUACCACCGUCGAUAGGAGUGGUGAUGGUGGAGGCGGCGGCGGAGGUGGUAGUGGAGUUGGAUUGCGUGGAAGCAAUUCGAAUGUGUCGUCCGGAGGAGCUCAUUUUCCGUCCCUUGCGAUGGAUACCAGUGAGACAGGCUCGCUGGAUAAAUCGUUACUGUGCAGCUCGCUGGAGUUCCUCCAAAACAUGGAGCAAGAGCUGAACAGCAGCCUCAACAACAAUUUUGGGAUUAAGUCUGAACUGAACAACAGCAGCGACGAGGUGUGCAUUGAGUUCGAUUACGGUGGAAUUGGACGAGGAGAAGCCGUACUGACCGAGAGUUGCGUGGCGUUCGACAUUCAGGUGCCAAACGUGCUGCCUAACUAUUUGAGUGUGCACUACGUGUGUGAGACCGGUUCGAGGUUGCUGUUUGCAACGGUUAACUGGAUGAAGAAGAAUCACGUCUUCCAGAUGCUCAGUGACGGAUUUCAAGGUGAGCUGGUGCGCCAGGUAUGGCCGGAGCUGUUUAUGAUCGGUUUGGCACAGAGCAGUGGUCAGCUUUCGUUCAACACGAUCAUGCUGGCACUGAUCCAGUACAUGAGAACGGUCAUCCUCAAUAAGAAAUAUAGCGUCGACGUGAUUAACUACCUGAUGAAGUACGUUCUGCUGAUACAGGAGUUCGUGAACGAUCUGCAGAAGAUGAAUCUGACCGAUCAGGAAUACGCUUAUUUGCGAUUACUAUCGAUUUUCAAUCCCGAUAACGCACUGCAAGAUAAGGAAAAGAACCAACACCUGGUAAAGUUACAGGAGCACAUACUGGUCGAAUUUCGGGAAUAUUAUCGCGAUCGACACGCCCGGCUUGCGAGUAGUGAAAGUGAGGAAAACCUUCGCGCUACCGAGGAGGAUGAAAAUGAAGAAGAUGAUGUCGAUUAUUACGAGCGUAGCCAGAACCGUCACCAUCAUCGACAACAUCAGCACCGCGGCGCCAGUGAUAGUGAUCAUACGCGUGAUCAGGUACAGGGCGAACAGCGGUUGAUGAAGCUACUGUUAAAGCUACCGACACUGCGCGCACUGAACUCGAAGUGCGAUCUGGAGGAUCUGUUCUUUAACAAUCUAAUCGGCCAAGUACAGAUCGAUAGCGUGCUUACGUACGUGAUGCAAACGAACGAUGGGGCAAUAUCGUUUUCAAAUCUUGUACAAAAGUACGAAUCACUCGGAGGCAACAGCAACAACGGUAUCCCAACGGCGAUGGAUAGUGACGAGUAGAAGGCAAUAGGCAGGGGGAAGCAUAUUUACUGAAGAGACUGAUUGAUUGGCGUUUUGUCUUUCUUCCCCACCGGCAGUGCAUUCAAAAUGUGUUGACGCCCGAACGCGAAGGCAGCUUAAGCAGCUUAAGGAUACGUUUACUAUCCGGGCACCCAUCGGCCUUAAGUCUAUUUUUUAAUCCGCUUAUUGUUAUGUUUUAUCGCUCGUUGAUCCUCUGAAAGAUGCACAACAUGAGCAAAACCCUGAACGUGGCCUUCUCGUUUUAAUAUCCUGUUAACUGAUUUCAAUUUCGCACAGGACAACAAUUUCGUUCUAGAAUGAGUAGUAUUAUUAGCUAUCUUUUUAUUAUUUUCCCCUUAAAGAAAGGAUGAUUAUACGAUAGGUAACGUAGCACACAGCAUCGAAAGAAUUGAUGCAAUUGCAAUGGUAUCUAUUCAGUGCAUUUCAAUCUAUUGUCAAUGUGUGUGGGUAGAAUGAAUCGAGCAACUGUUUUGAACCACCGUGCUUUUUUCUGCAGUCCUGGAGAAUGAGUAAUAAUGUUAGCACCAUUACCAUCCAAUAGAGAAAAACUUGUAGCGAGCAAACAUGUAUCCGUACCUGAGGCAGUGUAGUAGAUGUUUAGAAACGAUCGUUUGUUCGUGAAAUGUGCGCAAAGCGAGGGCGAAACGAAGAAUUUAUUGUGGUUUUCACGCGAGAGAAAAAAAAACAAUAACAAGGCAAUAUUUAGCAAUUAAGAUUUCAUCAGGUUUACGUCCCAGAUUGGCAUUCA